AUGCCGUCCUCGGUGCUAUUCCCAGCUAUGCGGACAUUGCUGCUUCUCAAAUAUGUGUUUUCCCUUAUUUAUCUUAAUGCGAUCUGUUGCCAGACCGUCUCUGCCAUCUCGGUUGUUUCUAGGGAAGGCCUUCCGAUGACACUGAGUGACAAGUGUGCUGAGGCUUUAAUUUCUGAUGUUGCCUGUGACCCAAAUGUCCUGGACUUCAAGCCGGGAUACUACUAUUCUCCAGAAAUUCUACAGCGAGCAUGCACAGACACUUGCAAAUCUGCCCUUGACUCUUAUUUGGAUCGUGUCAAAUCGUCCUGUGGUACCGAGACUAUUGUCGGUCCAUUCGACCUGGAGGCGUCGGCUCUUAUAGUACCAGGCAUGCGCAAGGACCUCUUUCAGAAAACGUGCCUUCAGGAUAACGGGAGAUACUGCAAUAAUGUUGCAGCUACGGCAGCGGUAAUUGCUGAUCCUGGAGGUAUGGCUUGGUUCAAAUAUUUCUGUUUCAUUAAAAUUGGAUGUCAAAGCUCACGCGAAGUGCAGUUUCUCGAUUCAAUUAUCUCAGCUCGGUUUCUCCAGGAACCGUUCCACCAGAUCCUUGUGACAUGUGCUUCAUCAAAAGCCUUCAACUAA